AUGCAAUGUGUUCAAUUAUGGAGAUUUCAUUCUAAAGAUCAGAAAGGUCCAUUGUGUGGUCCACAUGCACCUACAUGUGAAGGAAAUGCUUGUUUUAUGAGACAAUGUAAAAAAUGUGGUGCUUAUCAAUAUAUGUCCGGUUGCUUAAAAUUGUCCAAAUGGCAAUUAAUGGAUUUACAGUUGGCUAAACAAAAAGGCGAGUUAGUUGCUAAUAGAGCUGGUGCAACAAUGUUAUGUCAAGAUAAUGACAAUCAUACAACAUGUUUUUGUAAUAAAAGAGAAAAAUGUAAUGAUAUUCAUAUGAGAAAUCCAUUUACAACAUUUUCAGGAUCAUCUUUUUCAUCAAUACUUCAGGUAGAUGAAGCAAUAGUUAAAAUUGAUCCAAAUUAUGGAAUGGAAAUUAAUCUUUAUGGUGGUUAUCAUACAAGACGCCAUGAUAUUCGAAGAAAUUCAUAUAAAAAAUGUAUAUCAUAUAUUUUAAAUAUUGCCUUAUUCUUUCUAUAUAUUUUAUAUAAUUUUUUAAUUUAA